CACACACACACAAUGAUGCAAGCUGGAAAAGAAACCGGCGUGUUGAACUGAUCCUGUGUUUGGCCUCUGUCCACUCCUCCGUUGCAACUGGGAGAAAGAAAAGCAUAUACUCUGGAAUAAUUCUGGAGUUAUUUCCAUCUGCCUUGGUAACAAGUGGCUCACACGAACAAGCACGGCCUCGCAGGUGAGAGUACAAAGCCUACACCACCUGGAGCCACUGCUGUUUGCAAAUCGUGCUUAUCUAUUUAGUGGCGCUUGCAACCAACCAGUGCAACACCACAGCGAUUUGCAUGAAGACGUUGGGAGCAUACGCUUCGUACAGUUAUUGUCUCGGCAGAAGUCUAAACAGGACCAGCAGCAGCAGCAGCAGCAGCAGCCAGAUAAGAGCAAACAUCUGUUGCUCUGGUGCAACCAGGGAGGUGUUGGUUUUUUUGAGCACAUGUCUCCUUGGCAAACUUCCCUGUCUUCAGUCCUAAUGUACCGUCUGCCUGGCAUCGGUUGUCAGAGGAACACAACUGGGCUCCACAUCUACAAUCAAUAUACAUGAUCAAAGUGACUUCUUCCAAUGGAGGGGGCCUUUUUAAGAGUCCACCUGAGGUGACUGUUUCUCAACCAACUCGCACAGCCAACGGAACAAAUGGGCACACCGUCUCUGGGGCGCCUGACGAGAUGAAGAGCAUGAUCAUCGAGAAGAAUAAGAUGGGCCUGGAGGAAGAGCCUGAGCUGCUGGUCAAAGGGUGGCUGUUGCGGGAGGUUCGAGGAAACUGGAUUAAGCAGCGUCGGUACUGGUUCGUGCUGAGCCAGGACUCACUCGACUACUACACCGGACCGGAGAAGGGAGCCCGUCGACUGGGCACGCUGGUGCUCACCAACCUCUGCUCCGUCAUCUGGCCCGACAAGCAGACCUACAAGGAAACAGGUUAUUGGAGCAUCACAGUAUAUGGCCGGAAGCACUGCUACAGGCUGUACACCAAGCACUUCAAUGAAGCUGUGCACUGGGCAUGUGCCAUCCAGAAAAUCAUCGAUACCAAAGCACCGGUGGAAACGCCAACACAGCUCCUGAUCCGAGACAUCGAGGAGAAUAAGUUCAACCCGGAGGUGGUGGAGCACAUCUACCAGCACAACCCCAUCCUGAAGUACACGCAGGGCCCCCUGUACGCCCCCCUGCUUCCCUUCCCCUACGGCAGCCUGGAGCACACAUACCACAGUGGGAAAGGCUACGGCUCGGUGCGUGAGGAGGCCGUGAAGCUCUUCAACUGCCUGCAGCAGCUGGAGUCGACGAGGGAGCCGGUUCCCAUUAUCCAGGGCGUGCUGCAGACCUGCCUGGACCUGCGGCCGCUCCGCGACGAGGUCUACUGCCAGCUGGUGAAGCAGACGAGCCACACGCCGGCCCCGUACACCGCCGCGCACCUCCGCUACUGGCAGCUCCUCACCUGCAUGAGCUGCACCUUCCUGCCCGGGCCCACCGUGCUCAAGUACCUGCGGUUCCACCUCAAGAGGAUUCAGAGCCAGAGUCCCGAGUCGGAGAUGGAUAAUUAUGCGUCAUUCAUCAGCGAGGCUCUGGAGAAGACCAAGUGUCGGGAGUGCGUGCCAUCCUGGGAGGAGAUCCAAAUGCUGAUGAGCAGACAGGAGAUGCUGUGCACUGUGCACUAUCCUGGCCCCGGAUCCAGCCAGCUCUACAUCAGCUCGCACACCACUGCCAAUGAGGUGGUUCGAAGGAUGCAGGAGAAGCUCGGCCUGCAGGAGAGCAAAAACACGUUUGCGCUGUACGAGCAGAACGCGUUGUGGGAGCAGCCGGUGGCGGGCAGCGCUCUGAUCGCGGACAUCCUGACCAGCCUCUCCACCAAAGAGUCUGAGUCGAAAUCCCAAUGGAAACUGUGUUUCAAGCUCUACUGCCUGUUGGACGCUGACAGCAUAUCAGUGGACAGCAUCGAGUAUCUCUUCCUCUUUGAGCAGUGCCAUGAGAUGGUCGUGCGUGGCCAGCUGCCAGCCUGCGAAGAGGACCUGCAGGCCUUGGCGUCCCUCAGGCUCCAGUGUCUGAUGGGUGACUUCGGCAUGCACGCCCCCUGCCCGCCGCUGGACGAGCUCUUCCCGGGCGACAUGCUCGAAGCCCGCGUCCUCAUGUCCCUGUCUGCCCCGCAAGCGCUGCCCGCUUGCCUGGUGGCGGCCCAGGGCUGCCCGGCGACGCAGCGCUUCCCCACGGGCCUCCUGGCGGGGACGCUGUGGAGCCACACGGCCACGGCCGCGCACAAGCAGAAGGUGGAGCAGGACAUGCGCCUGCGGAGCCGGCUGAAGGAGGAGGCGGCGGCGGUCAUGGGAUCCAUCCUGGAGCGCUGGAAAGGUCUGGCCGGCUACAGCCGCAGGGACAGUAUGGCCGCCUACCUCACAAUUGCGCGCCAGUGGUCGGGCUUUGGAUGCACGCUCUACGAAGUGGACUUUUAUAUCAGUUCGACGGGGAGCUUUUCCCAGAAGCUGUGGCUGGGUGUCGCUGCGACGUCCGUGUCUCUGUAUCGGCAGGGAGAGGCAGAGGCGCUGGAGUCCUUCCCGUACGGUCAGAUCUGCUCCUACGGCGUAUCCGACAGCAACACCUUCAAGAUCACAGCUGGCGAUCGGGAUCUGCUAUUUGAAACCACCAAGCUGACUGAGAUCAUGCAGCUGAUGAAUGCAUAUUUCAGUGCCAUCCGUCGCCAGCGAGGGAAAGGGGAAGAUGCGGACAUCACCAUAGCAGAAAGCACAGAGAUGGGCUUCCGUCACCUGGCGUCGAUGCAGACGCCCACCCUCCUGGAGUUGCCCUCACACACCGUUUGAGAGGGACCCAUACCCCCCCCCCCCCCCCCCCCCCCCCCCCCCCAACACACACACACACACACACGCACACAACUCCCACCAUCCUCCUCAACUAUGGCCCCUAGGAGGCCCAGACCCAGUCCUCAGGACCCUGCGCCUCCUCUGCUGGGAACAGCACGGCAGCCAAAACAAAGAGAGGGCUGUUUUCACUCCCCAUCCGAGAAAAUAAACCCUUGCUGAGCUUUCCAGCUGAAGGAGCUGGCUAAGGAAGAAGGAGGGGGGGAUGGUGGAGGAACGGGGAAGGCAAGGGGGUUCUGUUUUGCGAGCGAGGCCAGAAACCCACAGAAACCAGUGCGGUCGCUGAUGAGGUGUCACACAAACACACACACACACACACACACACACACACACACACCCCGCCCCCUGCCCCAUCCUGUCACGCAACCACCUCUUCUACCCUACAUGGCAACCCCGCCCCCGGCCCGACCUCGCCCCACCCCCUCGACAAUGUGAGAUGUUGGCGUGAGAGAUAGCUGGAGUUGGGACUCGUUGCAACAAAAAGCUGCGGUACUCCCGCUGUGGAGGUGUGGCUCGGCGUGGGAGCACAACUCUCUCUCUCUCUCUGUGCCAUAUUUGUGUUACCUUUCCUAGAAAGCAGUCGUCCCUCGUGCACUGCUGGAAUAGAUUUGAGAGCACUCAGUGACAGACCCUCCCGUCUUUGGCAUCUCACUCCGUCACCCACACACACACACACACACACACACACACACAGACUCACUUUCUCACGUGCCCGUACGCUGACAUGUUCAUCAGAGACAGUUAGUUUUCAUAAGAUCCCAGUCGGGCUUGUGUUACCUGGAACUGUUGAUGCGGUGAGCCAUGUGAACUUGGGAACUGGAAACAGAUGUUGAACUCUGUAAGCCAAGUCAUUUUGGCUGCCAGGGCCAUAUAGACUCUUUCAGAUGAGAUUUUUGUAUUUCUUUUGUAUUUUUUUCAGCUGCGUGUGCGCGAGCGUGUCCGUGUGCGCGCGCACGCAUACGUGUGUCUAUUUGAUCAAGAAACCCAUUUCCUGGACGACACAUUCAGGACCUGGGAUAUUUCGUUUCACAGAAACCAAAGGAUUUUGGAGCCGUUUGUAUUUCGUUUCCACCAAAAUGCUCUGAUUUUGUCCUUUGCUGUGCUGCUUGUCUUGGCUUGUAAUCCUCGACACACGAAAACUUGGUUUAACACUUGACUGAUUCUGAUCAUUUUGCUUUGUGUCGCAUACUUUUUCUAAUUGCAGCUCUUCUCUUCUGCUGAAAAUAACAGGUGCUUCUCUGUUAGUUAUAAAUUGAACCUCGACUACACACAAAAAGCCCCGAGUCAGCACGGUGGAUCAUUUCAGAAGUGAUGCCAUAUUUAUCAUGCGGUGCCCCCGAUCUGUCUCCUGCUAUUUAAACAAAAACUUUUCUAAUCAGGCCAUGGGUGCUUUUGUAGUUUUAUUUAUGUGCUUUUUUUCUUUUUUACUGUCCUUUAUGUCUUAAAUGCAGACCCAGGUGCAUUUUGAUAGUGGGUUUGCUUUAGCUGAUCAGAGCCACAAAUGCUUCUGGUUAGAUGUGUAAAUCCCGUGUAGCCCCAUUUAUGUUCCACUGUUUUUGUUUCGUAUUCUUGUGAAACCAAAGUCAUGGGUUUGAGCCUGGACCAAAGAUGUUUUUUUAAUAAGCUUUUUAUAACGAGAAAAUUAUCCCAAAGCAAACAAAUCCCCCCCAAUUAUUUUUAUUUCUCUAAACUUUAAUAUCUUUACAAUAUGAAGUUGUAUUCACCUGUAUAUUAUAGUAAUUUUUUAGGAAUCUAAGAAAAAUAAUUGGCUUUGUAAAUAUUAAUUUUACAGUACACCACAUGCGAUAACCAGCCGCAAAACUAAAAUGUUCUCACUCUGGACGGCCUUGAUGGGUCAUCAUGGCCCUAUCUCCUGCUCAGAAGCAGGUCUUUUUUUUUUUUUACUGCAGCUGCAGGCAGCUCUGAGCUACAUGUAUGAAAAGAAAAAAGAAAAAAAAUCAAACUGCGGAUGUUGUUGCUUUAUAUUAUGCUUGUUUGUAUGUUGCACGGUACCUUUAUAUGUUAUGUGUGUAUAGUUAAUUGCACUAUUGUUUUUAACUAACUUGGAAGUGCAAUAAACAACUAUAAAUACUGUAUGUAAUUAAUAAAAAAAAACAGCACCAUUUUACCAUA